UGCUCCGCUCGAUGCGCUCGGCGCUCUGGCGCCGCUCGGUGUUCGGUUGCCUCCGGUGGCGAGCGAGUGACGGGAGGGACGUGGUCCCGGCCCGCUCCCUCUCCGGCGGCAUGUCCACCGCUAUGAACUUCAGCAGCAAAAGCUUCAAGCCGCGGCCGCCGGACAAGGGCGCCUUCCCGUUGGAUCAUUUCGGGGAGUGCAGCGCCUUCAAGGAGCGGUUCAUGGAGUGCCUCCGCGACAGCGGCUACGAGAGCGGUGCCUGCCGACAACGCGCCAUGGCCUACCUGGAGUGCCGUAUGGAGAGGCAACUUAUGGCUAAUGAACCACUGGAAAAACUGGGAUUUAAAGACCUGAUAGAUGAGAAAUCAGAAGAAAAACGUGAAAAGUUCUGAUGAAGAUGGACAGCUUUACUCCUCAUGUAUGGAAGGCAUAACUCUUAAUGUAGUACAUAUUGUACAUUCUGUUCAUAUUGCAAUAGGAAGCGUUUCCUGAAGGAACCUUUUUCAAGGUCUGAUUUUCCUAAAAUAAGAUUAUUUUUUAAAAAUAUGAGCAAAAGUACUGCCUUUGUCUGCUUUCUUCAGGUAUUUUUUUCUCCCUUUUAAUUUCUCUAGGCUACUUUUAAAGAUCUGUAAGAACCUGGAGAACACAGCUAUUGCCUGCAGUGUUCUCCAUGUCCCUAAGAAAGGUGAACUCUUACUUUAAAAAGACAAAACAAACCCCUUUAGUGUGUAGAUGCUGAACUACAGAUUAAUCUUACAUGGACAUUACUAAUGUGCUUACAGCUGUUACUUUUCAGGUGGAAAUAAAACUGUUGUGCCUGUGAAUUGCUUUUUGUUAUAUAGUGGUAUUUAUCCCCAUCUUUGGGAUGAUUUCCAUCCCACCCUGCUAUAGUGUUCUUGGGUACUGGGGUGAGGGGUUUUCUUUCAGUCUUUUAACCUUCAUUGUUGUUGGGAGACUAUUUCUAGUUCCAGAUACCAGACAUCAUUCUGCUUUUAUUUGCCAAGCCAGCAGUAACUAACUUCACCUGACUUCAUUUAGCUGAAAUCUUUCAUGAUGAAUAUAUUUGUUUCUUUGAGUACAGCUGCCAUAUGUGGGUUUUUUUAACAUCUUUAUGGUGACAUCAGUGUGGAGACAGGAAUUGUAUUUAUUUAUCUCAGUAACUGGUAUUUAUUUGUGUCUCUCUCCCAUGUAAAUGGGAUUGGAUAAUUUUAUUCUUUUAAAAGUAAAUGUUCUGUGUCAAAACCCAGGGUAGAUCAAGACUUAGCUAUCUAAGAAAUACAGUAUUUCUUUCCAGAACAGGUAGGUGCACCCAUACAUAGAGCAGGUAAUGCAGGAGGCCAUACAGUAGGUGAGCAAUCAGGUCAAAGAAUGUCCUUAAGAUCUCUAAUAUUAAUACUGAGUUCAAGCCAAAACAACGUGGCCUUUUAGCCCCCUAGGAAUAUGUUUCAAGCAGACAAUAAAUUUGUAAAUUCUCUGGGUGUAUUUUCCACUAUUGCCUGCCCUGUUACUCUUGCUUGCAGGUUUUUUUUUCUCUUUUUUUUUUUAACCCAGUGUAUCAUUUCUCUCUCUCUGUAUCUGGCUCUCAAGUAACAAGCUUUAGGGUCAGGGCCUGCAGACAGCAAUACACACACUGUUUGCCAAGGCAGUUCUCCCACAUUUUCUCCUUUAUUUGGUGUCCCCUGUUUGAUGUAUCUCGCCUUUCCUGCAGUCUGCUAUUACUGCUUUUCCUGCUUUCCACUGUGCAUCUGUUCACACAGAGAUCCAGGAAAGGGUAAAAGAACAUUUUCUGCUUUUCAUAUUGAAGGUCGGAGCUGGAAUUUAAAUUAUUGUUGGUGUCUAAUCUAAUUGAACACUGCACAUAGUUCGGAGCAGGUUCCUGUUUGAAAAGAUUGUUUGUGUGCAGCUGCCUAUUUUUAUUCUGCUUCAUUCUACUACUUAAAUUAUAUCCUGUAGUAAGAUUAGUACACUUAUAGAAAAGAAAGCAGAGAUUUUAUUGCUGAAACAGAUAUUAAAAGACAUUAUAUUAA